AUGACUUUGUUCCCCACCAAGUUUGAAAAUGGGAAGAUUGAGUACAAGAUAAGGUACAAGGGGAGAUCAAGGCCAUUCUCUAGAGCCAAAGCCUUGGUGACUUCAGAACAAUCCAGGGACCCAACCAAGCUAAAGGAGCUUCUGUCUCAAGUCCUCACUAUCACCCUUGAUGGUGACAAAGGAGCCAGCUCGACCGACAGCUCGAUCGAGCUAGAAACAGGGCAACUCGAUCGAGUUCCACAACUCGACCGAGGUAAGUUUUUGAAUUUCAAAUUCAUAACCGUUUUCUUGGUCAAGGGAGUGGGUCCCACAAGCUGA